CUUGACUCUAUGGAUUUACGCAUUUCUUUUGCUCUAUUUUUGUCAUCCAUUCCCACCAAGGAGUCCCCAGCCCCAGAUGUUGGGUGAGGAGGGGGGCUGAAACUUCUGUUCUCUGGAGGAAAGGUAGCAGGCGAUGAAGAGGAAGAGCAGUUGAAGAAGCAACUCUGGUAAAUAGGGUCUUUUGCCUUUUGGAAAAUGCAUUUACCGCACUCCUUGGCAAGUCCCUCAGAAAGAACAGAACGUGUUUCCUUGCAGAGAUGAACACAUCCUCUCAACUGUAUGUUUCUGAACUAAACCUGAGUGCCUUUGGCAGCAACUUUACUGUGCCUACUGUCAAGAGCCAGUCGUCACCAUGUGAGCAAGUGGUCAUUGCGGCUGAGGUGUUCCUAACUCUGGGCAUUGUAAGCCUCCUUGAAAAUAUCUUAGUUAUAUGUGCAAUAGUUAAGAACAAGAACUUGCAUUCACCCAUGUAUUUUUUUGUUUGCAGUUUAGCAGUGGCUGACAUGCUGGUUAGUGUGUCUAAUGCCUGGGAGACUAUAACGAUAUACUUAAUAAACAAUAGACACAUAAUUAUGGAAGAUGCCUUUGUCCGUCAUAUAGACAAUGUCUUUGAUUCAAUGAUCUGCAUAUCUGUGGUGGCUUCCAUGUGCAGUCUGCUGGCUAUAGCAGUAGACAGGUAUAUCACUAUCUUCUAUGCCCUGCGUUAUCACAACAUCAUGACAGUGAAAAGAUCAGGGCUCAUUAUUGCGUGCAUCUGGACGUUUUGCACAGGUUGUGGCAUUAUCUUCAUUCUUUAUUAUGAAUCGACUUACGUGAUCAUUUGUCUCAUCACUAUGUUUUUUACCAUGUUGUUGCUCAUGGUCUCACUGUACAUCCACAUGUUCCUCCUGGCUCGCACUCACGUGAAGAAAAUAGCUGCUUUGCCUGGGUACAACUCUGUCCGUCAAAGAACCAGCAUGAAAGGAGCCAUCACUCUGACUAUGCUUCUCGGCAUCUUCAUUGUCUGCUGGGCUCCAUUCUUCCUUCAUCUCAUCCUGAUGAUCUCCUGCCCUCAAAACCUCUACUGUGUUUGCUUUAUGUCUCACUUUAACAUGUACCUCAUUCUCAUUAUGUGCAAUUCGGUGAUUGAUCCCUUGAUCUACGCCUUUCGCAGCCAGGAAAUGAGGAAGACCUUCAAAGAGAUAAUUUGUUGCUAUAGCCUGAGAAUGGUCUGUGGGUUAUCAAACAAGUAUUGA